CACUGGUGGUGGGUGGGCACAGGUGGGUGGCACUGCUGGACACAGGUGGGUGGGCACAGGUGUGUGGCACUGCUGGGCACAGGUAGGUGGCAUUUCUGGGCACAGGUAGGUGGAACUGCAGAGUGGCACAGGUGGGUAACACUGCUGGGAACAGGUAGGUGGCAUUUCUGGGCACAGGUAGGUGGCACUGCAGAGUGGCACAGGUGGGUGCACUGCUGGGCACAGGUGGGUGCACUUCUGGGCACAGGUGGGUGAUCUGGGCACAGGUGGGCGGAGCUAGUGGGCGCACUGCUGGGCACAGGUGGGCGGAACUUGCGGGUGGCACUGCUGGGCACCGAUCAUCAGGGCACUGAUCAUCACGUGUCAUUGGACACCGCUGAUCACGUGGUAAAAGGCCGCUGUGAUUGGC